UUACCAUUUUGAGGGUACACACAAGGCCCAGCCCAGAUUAAUUCCAUAAUUGGCACACACAGCAUUUAAACUGAAAAUCAAGCAAAUUAAUACCCAAUUCCCUCUCCUCCCCUAUAUAGACUGCCUACCAUCACUACGCUUUGGAGCCAAAAGUCCUGUUUUCAAAAACUUUCCCCUCAUCAGCCUUCGAUGGAGCCCGGCGGCAGCAAGAAGCUCGAAGCUGACCUCGUGCUUGACCUCAGCCUGUGCAGCAACGACUCGCCCUUGUCCCACGAUGACUGCAGCAACGAUAACAGUGGCAAUUUGUCGGAGCCCAGAGUGUUCUCUUGCAACUACUGCCAGAGGAAGUUCUACAGCUCGCAGGCACUGGGGGGCCACCAGAACGCGCAUAAGCGGGAGAGGACCCUCGCUAAGAGGGGGCAGCGGUUCAGUCCCCUCGGCUACUUGAGCCGGGUCACCAGCAUGGCCUCACUCCCCCUGCAUGGCUCCACCGGCUGUGGCAGAUCCUCACUACCGCUCGGGAUCCAACUGCAUUCCAUGAUCCAUAAGCAGCCCUCUUCUUACGCUGCAUCGAGCGGCAGCCAGUGUCUCUUAGGUGGCCGGUCCACAAUGGGGUGCCAUCUAGGGAAUCAACAGUUAUCAUCAGGGAGCCCCGGGAAUAUCGGUGCAAUCCAAAAGUCGAGUGAUCCAGCAGGUUUGGAGGGAUUCGGGGAGUUGUGGUGGAGUGGUAGUGUUAACCAUAGCCAUGUGAAGAGCAAACAAAAUGAUUUGCAGAAGCUUGACUUGUCCCUCAAGCUCUAAGUCUAAUCCUCCUACCUUCUUCCUCUACUUCCUUCCCUUCUUCUUCUUCUUUUUUUUUUUUCCUUUUUUCUUUUUUAUUGCUUUUUCUUGGUUCGAUUUUUUGUUUGCUUAAUUCAUCAAUAAGAGUUGUUCGGAUCAGUUCUAAUCCAGUCUAGUGAAUUUAAUCCCUUGUAUAUGCAAUUAACGACAUAUAUAUCAUUCAAGUUUGAAUGUUGCCAGACAUUGUCUCCAGCUGUCUCAAUAA